GGUGCUUCACUAGCAAGGCUUGCAUUUGUAUAGAAAAAGAAAAAAAAUCUUAUCUGUUGUUAAACAACUGAAAACAUCCUUAGGAGGUUAUUUUUAAACUGUUAUAGAGAACUCCUUAUUGAAAAAAGGCUUUAAACUAUUGAGACAGUAUAUAGUUAAAGGCUGAAAAGCACAGACAAGAAAAAAAAAGAAACAUCUGUGAAAACAUUUGACAUUGGUACAAGUUCUGUAUCUCUGGGCUUCAGUUGUCAGUCUUGUAUUAUGGAGUUAUCAGACAGCACUUUCUCAUUCAGUAUCGCUGAUGAUUUUUAUGAUGAUCCCUGCUUCAACACCAGCGACAUGCACUUUUUCGAGGAUCUGGACCCAAGGCUAGUGCACGUGGGCUUGCUGAAGCCAGACGACCAUCACAUUCACAACGAAGAUGAGCACGUUCGGGCUCCUAGCGGCCACCACCAGGCAGGCAGGUGUUUGCUGUGGGCGUGCAAAGCCUGCAAACGAAAGACCACCAAUGCCGACCGCAGGAAGGCUGCUACGAUGAGGGAAAGGAGACGACUGAGCAAAGUCAACGAUGCCUUCGAGUCACUGAAAAGGUGCACCUCUACAAACCCCAACCAGAGACUGCCCAAAGUGGAGAUCCUGAGAAACGCCAUCAGUUACAUUGAGUCUCUGCAAACUCUGCUCAGGGGGCAGGAUGACAACUACUUCCCAGUCCUGGAGCACUAUAGUGGGGACUCUGACGCUUCAAGCCCCCGAUCCAACUGCUCGGAUGGAAUGAUGGAUUUCAGUGGCCCUCCUUGCAACACCAGAAGAAGAAACAAUUACGACAGCGCCUACUUCACAGAAACAUCAAAUAAUUCCAAAAAUAAUAAGAACUCGGUGGUAUCCAGCUUGGAUUGCCUAUCCAGUAUAGUGGAGAGGAUUUCGACAGAUACCUCGACAUGCGCCGUGUUGCCGGAGAACGGAGCUGAGGGCAGCCCCUCUUCCACACCGGAAGGAUCUAUCUUGAACGAGGCCACCAUCCAGUCUCCGACCAACUGUACCCAGCGUCCCCUAGAUGCCAACCCCAUCUACCAGGUGUUAUAAAAGCAUCGUAAUCAAAGACGAAUGACUGUCAGACAAACUACUACAUUCUUCGAAUCAAAGAAUAUUCCUUUAAAGACUGGAAAAGUUUACGGUAUAUAACCUACUGAACCCGAGGAUGGCCGAGUUUUCCAACAAGAACAGUUCUCAGAUCCCUCAAAGGCGAAGUAUCCCACGAAUUUCUAAAACCUAUCCUAUCACUGAAACAAACCGAAUCGAAAAUAAGUAUAAGUAAAUUUCAAAUCGGUUGCUUUAUUUUGACAAUUCUGACAAAUUAGAACUUGUUGUUUCUGUAAGAAAAACUUUACAUUAUUUGCGAUUUGAGUAGGAUACCUUUUUUAUUGUAUAAAACGUGUAUUAUUUAUAAAAAAUAUAUAUUCAUCUUUUUGGCUUCAAUUGUUCAGUCAACGUCAUUUAAUUGAUCUUUCAGUAACAAAAUACUGCUUCAAUAUGCAAUUAAAAAAUAAACGACGUGUUAUGUUUUAAAAUAUUAAUUCAAACAGGUGGUAGAUUUCCAUUAUGUGGCUUAUUUAAUGACCAUUACCAUUUUGUAUGACAAAUUAUAAACAUUAUAUGAACCAUCUCCACUGCUUAUUUCCUGGAAAAACAAAAUCCAACCCAACAUGAACCUGUCAUUUGUGGACCACUUUUGUAAUGCUCUGUUCCUGUGUAUAUUUGUAAAUAAGAGUUGCUUUGCUAAAAAAAAAAAAAAAAAAAAAAACAGAA